UUGGGGAAAUGUUCAGUGGAAAAUCUGUAGAAAUGAUGUAAGAGAAAGGAAAGGCAGGGAUUGGAGUAAGGGGUGUAUAACUGAGACUAUAAAAACUCAGAGAGAAAACUCACCAUCAGGACUGAGUUUGGAAGAAACUGUAAGACAGGGCUCUAAAGUUAGAAUCUCCUGAUUUUUCACAAGCAAUCAUAGAACUUUUCUAAGGAGAGCUUCCUGUAGAUAAGAAUCCAAGUCUCCUCUUUAUGCUGGACUGGAGAUUGGCAAGUGCACAUUGGAUCCUGGCUGUAACAUUGAUGUUGUGGACCUCAGGCAAAGUGCUCUCAGUGGAUGCAGCAACAGAGGUUUUUGAUUCUGGAGUCAGAGACAUGCAGUCACCAACCACAGCCAGGGAAGAGAAAUCAGCAGCUGAUCUGGCAGCAAAACUCAUGCUUCUUGAUGAACUUGUAUCUCUGGAGAAUGAUGUGAUUGAAACAAAGAAGAAAAGGAGCUUCUCUGGUUUUGGUUCUCCCCUGGACAGACUCUCAGCUGGCUCUGUAGAUCACAAAGGCAAACAGAGGAAAGCUGUAGAUCACCCAAAGAGGCGAUUUGGUACCCCUAUGGAUCGGAUUGGCGGAAACCGGCUUUCAAAUUCCAGAGGAUAAUUGAUUCCAAUCACGUGACUUCCUUGGGUGAAAUGUCACAGAAACACGGAAGAUGCUUCAGUGAAGUUCUUCACACUCCUUAAUGAUUAAACUUUUAAGGAACUGGCCUUCUGCAAAUCUUUUCAAAGCUUGAACUUAGGUCUAUCACAUCACAGUAUUGUUACAGUGUCAAGUAAAUCGUGAAGAUCAUUUCAGUGCGUGAAUACUUUUUAAAUAAAUAGUUUAGUCAUUUAGGAAUGAAUGGUUCCUUGGCCCCAAGCCUUACUUUUCUAAGAAACAAUCGAAAAACACAACAUAGUGAAAUGCCUUCUGUAUGCAUUUAGCAUAUGCAUUUAUGCAAUUGAAGAAUAACUGAAGACUGACUCAUUUCUGUUAAACUUAGUUACAAUCUGUUCAUUAUUGGGGAACAAGGAAGACAAUGCUGUGUGUUUUCUCCUGAAUGCUUUCACUUCUCCCUUAUCCUUUGUGGGACCCUUGGGUAAUGAAUGUGAAAUUAGACUUCUCUUAUAAUAUUCAAAUUUUGGUCAAUUUCAACCAAAUAAAACACAGCCCCAGUUUUAGAAAUAACAGGAAAAAAAAGAUCUCUGAGCAAGGAAAAAGAAUAAUUAAGUCUAUAAAUUUUAGUCUUCCAAAGAAUUAAGAAAAUACCAGCAGGUCAGAGCAUACUGACUUAGAAUUAAGAAGUGAAAGAUACUACUCAUUUGUCAAGCUUGGAUAUCCCAUGUUCCCUAAUAAUUUUCUAUUUCUCUAAGUUACAACUGAUAGUUAAGAGCAGCACUGGCUGGUUAUGAGAACGACUAUACACAGAAGUUAACAGAUAAAAGUACAGAGAAAAAAAAAUCAUCAAGUAAAGCACCACAGCAGCCUGGGCCAGUUAAAUAUGCAUAAUUUUAGCACAGUAAAUUUUAACAUAGUACAAUAAGCAAUCUUUUCGAUAGUACUGUUGCACCUAAGAAACUGUUGAAUCUGUUUCAUAUACUGUGUUUAAUGAGGCAUUAAAGAAUAUAAUGUGUUGCAGAAUGAUUUCUUUAAAAUGAUUCAAAUUAUUUUUGGUUGAUCUAUCAAAGCAUAAGGUUUGAUAUUCUGGAAAGCUCAGUUCUUAUUAAUAAUUGUGAUGUUACUGUAAUUGAAGCAUUGUGCAUUCGAUAUGGAUUCAAAACACAAAGAUAACUUAUUCCUUGGACCAGAAAUUUAACAUAAGUUAGAAGAAGUUU